GGCGGUUGUGAGGCGGCGGAGGCCGUGCGCGGCGGCUUGGCGGCUGGCCUCGUUUCCCCUCCCGGUGCGCGGCCGUCAUGGCCUCUACGCGGGUACCGGCGGCGCGCGGCGGCGCCCGGCCCGCCGUGCGGGCCCCCGCGCCUGCGGAGGCCACAAAGAGCAAGCCCACAGAAGAGAGCGAUGCUCCUCCACCAAAGAGAGCCCCCAUCUUUUAUGGCAGUCUGGAGGAGAAGGAAAGGGAGCGUCUGGCAAAAGGAGAAUCAGGGCUGCUGGGAAAAGAGGGGAUGAAAGCUGCAAUCGAGGCUGGCAACAUCAACAUAAGCAGCGGUGAGGUCUUUGAUCUCGAAGACCAUAUGAGUGAGCGGCAGGCGGAAGUGCUGGCCGAGUUUGAGCGCAGGAAGAGAGCCCGGCAGAUCAACGUGUCCACUGAUGACUCUGAAGUGAAAGCCUGUUUGCGAGCACUUGGAGAGCCCAUCACGCUCUUUGGAGAAGGUCCUGCAGAAAGGAGGGAGAGAUUAAGAAAUAUCCUUUCGGUGGUUGGCACAGACGCAUUAAAAAAGACCAGGAAAGAUGAUGACAGGUCUAAAAAGUCCAAAGAAGAGUAUCAGCAAACCUGGUACCAUGAAGGACCACGCAGUCUGAAAACAGCGAGGCUGUGGCUUGCUAACUACUCGCUCCCCAGGGCAGUGAAGCGGCUAGAAGAAGCCCGGCUGCUCAAAGAGAUUCCAGAGGCAACCAGGACAUCACAGAGGCAGGAGCUACACAAAUCCCUGCGAUCUUUGAAUAACUUCUGCAGUCAGAUUGGAGACGAUCGCCCACUGUCCUACUGCCAUUUCAGCCCCAAUUCCAAACUCCUUGCUACUGCCUGUUGGAGCGGAUUGUGCAAGCUCUGGUCCGUGCCCGACUGCAACCUUGUUCACACCUUACGAGGACAUAACACCAAUGUAGGAGCAAUAGUCUUCCAUCCCAAAGCCACUGUCUCCCUAGACAAGAAGGACGUUAACCUGGCCUCGUGUGCGGCUGAUGGUUCCGUCAAACUCUGGAGCCUUGAAAGUGAUGAACCGGUGGCAGAUAUUGAAGGACACAGCAUGAGAGUGGCGCGUGUGAUGUGGCACCCGUCUGGGAGGUUCCUGGGUACUACCUGCUAUGAUCACUCGUGGCGCUUGUGGGACUUGGAAGCUCAGGAAGAGAUUCUCCAUCAGGAGGGGCACAGCAAAGGGGUCUAUGACAUUGCCUUUCACACGGAUGGGUCUCUCGCUGGGACUGGCGGACUGGAUGCUUUUGGCCGGGUGUGGGACUUGCGCACGGGACGCUGUAUCAUGUUUCUAGAAGGCCACCUGAAGGAGAUCUACGGGGUUAACUUCUCCCCAAAUGGAUACCAUGUUGCAACUGGCAGUGGUGACAAUACUUGCAAGGUAUGGGACCUCCGCCAGAGGAAGUGCAUCUAUACCAUUCCGGCUCACCAGAACCUGGUGACCGGGGUGAAAUUUGAACCCAAUCAUGGUAACUUCCUGCUCACGGGUGCUUACGACAACACCGCGAAGAUCUGGACUCACCCCGGCUGGUCCCCUUUGAAAACGCUGGCUGGUCACGAGGGAAAGGUGAUGGGACUGGAUAUCUCCCUUGACGGCCAGCUGAUAGCGACCUGCUCCUAUGACAGAACCUUCAAGUUGUGGACAGCGGAGUAGCUCAGAGGUGCUGCUGAUGAACUGGAACAGAGACGUUAAGGGCUUUGAACUAAGACUUGCUUUUUUUAUAUUAAAGAAAAAAAGGAAUCGGCUACUGCAA